AUGUCCGAUUAUAACUACAAUGACGUUCUCCUCCUCACCAUUUCUGAUCCAAAUCCUGUCUACAAUAUCGUUCAGGUUUUCGGCGCAGUUUUCGAGUCAACCGUUGAGGAUCUUAGCAGACCUUCUUCUCCUGUCUCCGCUCAGGCUCCUGCUUUCGGCAUGUCCUCUCUUAAAAUUGAAGACAAGGCUUCCGACCCUUCUGAGGAAAUAAAAAAGAGAUCAGAGAGGUAUCGCGAGAGAGCUCUCGACAGGCUAAAGGAAGCCGCUAGAGAAAAGGGUGGAAACGGCGUUAUCGGCGUCAAGUGCGAAUAUACCCCUUCAGGCUUCGACGGUGACGUACAGCUCUUCGAAUGGGUGGCCUCCGGAACUGUUGUUUUGCUCAAGCUUAAGCAACAAAUGGUUAGAAUGGGUCAAUAA